CGAUGUGCCGCGGUGGGCUUGCUCUAUUACGAAACAUGACGGCAGGAAUGCUCUCAUUCAUAUCCGUAGAAGGCUCGCACGCUAUUUUUACCGGUCUCACGGAAGGGAAAAGAAGCUGGAGUUGGCUUCCUCUCUCUUCCUCCAAUAGAGAGAUGGGAAUCCCUUCCGAGAUGGGUGACGCCUGGGCGAACAAGAAGAGAUCUUUCGUGGUCGCAUCGCCAAACGAACAGUCCGAGAACUCUGUCCGAGAAGCAGUUCAGGCUGCAUUUAAAACAGCUGUAAUAUCUGGUGCUGUUGCUGCAGUGCCAACGUUGAUUGGCUGCCGUGUCAUUCCUUGGGCUAAAGCUAACCUCAAUCAUACUGCACAAGCGCUCAUCAUAUCAGCAGGGCAUCCUAGUGCUCAAGGUUUCUCCCAUUGCGGGGUUCGUGAAGGGUCAGAUGUACACAACUUUACCUCUGGAUGCAAAGAGGCUAUUUUCGUGUUUCAAACUCAUGAUACCCAGGCCAAGAUGGAGCAACCUUACCAUUGCGUCAAGGGCCGAUCUUCCAUCGCUGGCUUCUUCAUCACAGCUGACAGAACUAUUCUACAGAACGCCAGGGAAAAUACUAUGGGGAAGUAUGAUAAAACAACUUGAUGUGGACCCUCCCUGCUGCAGAAAAGCUUUGAUACUAUAAGAAGGUUCAACUUAUAUUCUAAAGAAUUGAUGCAUGAGAUUGUCCAUGCCCUUCAAGGCUGUUGAGACAAAAGAGAAAUAAAGCACGGUUCAUGCCUUUCUCCAUUUGGGUUCUAUUCUAUUCAUAGCUUUUUUUGAGUUAACUAUUCUAUCCUCAGCUAUUCUAUAUUUCUAUUCAUAGCUGUCGUGUAAUGUUGCUUAGUGGAUAUUGCAUGAAGCAGUUGCCUGGGGACACUUUUGAGGGUUUCUCCGACUUUGACCUCUGUUUGAUUUGCUGCUGUCAUAUGUGUAACCAAAUUGAAAGCUAGUGUGAUAAAAACUACAUUUUGAUGAGGUAAGUGUUAUACAUUGCCUUAUAUGACAACCA